GGCGGCAGUGUGUCAGGUGUCGGAGACGCGGGCGGACGUCGCAUUGAUACCAGCGUCGCGACGCAAGUGUUUUUUUUCCAAACGCAGCAGCGUCUCUCCGGAGAAACUGAUCGGCAUCCGAAAUGCAUCAGGACAUCGGCGGCGGACACCCAGGCGAAAUGUUGGCGACUCUCCAGCCUCCACGCUCAUCCCGUUGAAUGAGAAAUGAGGAGGACGGGAGGCCGUUUAUGACCUUUCGAAAGUUGCGGCUCCGAAAAGUUUCCGACGUGACUUGUGACAAGAUGUGUGAUCGACUCUAAAUAGUUCACCUGCACUUUGCAUAUCAGGCGCAAUAAUUAUCGCUCUUGUGGCCGUUUUUCCAUCAGUUUUCCAGCAGCUCUAAGAUUCAGCAAUGUUGACUGAGGUCUACCGGCAUGUGCUGCUUUUGAUAUGGAUUUUUCCGAUUAUAUGGGCGAACUCUUCGGGAUCACGGCGAAAAGAUGCCCAUCAUGAAAAGUACACCGAUUGGAAGCAACUGUGGCAUCCAAACUAUGAAGACUACAGUAGGGCUGAAGCCUCAUUGGGCCUGGACAACAACACAGUCACAAAUGUGACUGUUCAAAUGGGAGCUACUGCCUACUUGCAUUGCAGAGUGAGGCAUACGCCUGAUCGAACUCUUGGAGGAGGAGACCAAGUGUCUUGGGUAAGACGAAGAGACUGGCACAUUAUUUCCUCGGGAGUGUUCACCUACACCAAUGACCAAAGAUUCCAGAUUCUUCACGCUGAAGGCUCGGACGAUUGGACUUUGCAGAUUAAGUACGUUCAAAAACGCGACAAUGGAACAUACGAAUGCCAAAUAUCCAGCGGUCAAUCGCUGAUUUCCCACUAUGUCAACCUGGAUAUCGUCGUACCUGAAGCCACGAUCCAGGGAAGCGCAUCUGGAGAACAUCACGUGGAUGUUGGAAGCAUAAUUGAUCUGAUUUGUAUUAUUGAUAAUAGUCCGACUCCACCGCAGUACGUGUUUUGGUAUCACAACGACAAAAUGAUCAACUACGACAAUGCAAGGGGCGGCAUCACUGUGGAGACUGCUUUGGGCCCACCAAGAGCCCACAGCCGGCUCACCAUCCAGAACACCAAGCAGGCGGAUUCCGGAAAUUAUACUUGUUCUGCAUCCAACACCGAACCGGCAUCGAUCCACGUUUUUAUAUCAAAAGGCGAUAAUGUGGAUGCGAUCCUGAUGAGGAAAUCAUGUGCCAUCUGCGUAGCCAGUCAACUCUUCAUCAUUCUUUUUCCAUUAUUUCUAACGUCCCUUCGAUAGGAGAAUCGAUCCAGAAGUCGCACAGACCUUCAUCCAUUCAGUGUAAAGUUCGAAGGACAUCUGUUCAAGGAUGGGACCCAGUGACAAUUCAGUGAGAGGAUUAUCUGUUUCUUGUAUAAAUAUGUACAAUUUAUAUUCUUCGGUUUAACAAACGCUACUGAUUUUCUAUAAAACUCCACCGCCAACCUACUGGAUUCCCGGUACCUACGGGGAAGUUCAGCAGUUUCUUCUAUUCUUCGUUAGUUUUUUUAUAGGAAUCAAGUAGCCCCCCAUACAAAAGGGCGCAACUUUUCACCUCAUAUUAGUCUUGCAAAACUAGCAUAGGUUCAAGUCUGAUAAAUGAGGUUGCACCCUUUUGCUGUGAGUGCCGCAAGCACUCAUCCUAAGUGUAAUUAGUUAAAUAAAUUAAGCUAAAAUGUAUAAUAAUAUUAAUAAUAAUAAUAAUAAAUUUAUUAGGCUAAUGUCGUAACCGAACUAUCACACCAUUUCCAGCAUCAACGGUUCUUUUCUUUACCUACUACUUAUUAUUUGGUUAGUUGAGGAGUAUUUCCCGCAUACUGAUGCCCAUAAAUAACUGAUAAAUUCAGUUGGAGGCUGCUCAAUGAACCAAACCCUUUUAAAAAAUCAUUGAGCAUUGAUAGAUACGUAAUUAACAACGUUGAACCUUUUGAAUCUUGUGUUAAUCUAUAACUAAUUUUGAAUAUAAGAGGUGUCAUGUUUUAACU